AUGUCACCUACCACCACCCCCGCCUUCUCUGAACUCAUCGUCGUCAAAUUCUGCGAGCAGAAUGACAUGGAUCCUAUUCCGGAGGAGACAGACGAGAGCUUGGAAGUCCCCGUCAUUUUGGUGCCAGAUUUGCCUCCAUUGAAGUACCACGACGGACCGCUGCGAUUCUUGAGUAACAGUCUAAUGAGCCAGAGGGAGUGGGAGAGGAAGCUGAUUACCAUUGGUCCGACACUUGACCUCAAAGCCCCACCUGACGAGGACAUUUCCAUCCGCUGCCCCAACGGCGACGAAGACAAUCCUAAACUCUUCACAAUCUCCAAAGCUGCACUCGCACGAGCACCAAUCUUUCGGAAUUUCUUCAAAUCUGAACACUACGCCUGGGGUAGCGAUACCCUCAUCUCUAUCAUGUCUGACCCCGCCGCAGCCUUCGAUAUUGUCCAACGCUACCUUGAGCAAGGUCCUGAGCUCUUUGACAUGACCUGCCUUCGAGUCUACGUCUACAAACGCUACAACUCUCUUGAGCGCACUGUGGUCCUGGUCCGACUCUACCGCAUGGCUCAUAGCAUGGGCUUAUGGUUUCUCGAAGACCUGGCGUACGAGGUCCUCGUCGAUGGCAACCGCUACGUCACUGCAGCCAUGAUGCCUACACUUGCUGGCCUCAUAUUUGCACCACGAGGCAAUCACAACGACCAGAUCAAGAACUGGUGUCUGGUUCAUAUUGGUCACUUCUUCCUCGACCUCAAAGACUGCGCCGACUGGAGUAGAUGCCUUACCCUUUGCGAAGACCGCCUUACUCAAGAAUGGAACAAAAUGCUUUUUGAGAACACCCGCAUCCUUGGUAUCAUGAGCAAUGAAUCGCGCGACUCCGUCCUCGAGAAAACCUUCAAGCACAUGUCUCUUCAGGAGCAAGACCGCGCCAUCUCCGUCAUCAGCAAGAACUGCCGCCAGUCUUCUCCCACCGUUGUACAGACACCUAACACCGCCACCACCACAACCCUCACUGCCAACUCAAGCUCCGAGACACUGGCACCCUUGCUGAAGCCCAUCGCAUUCGAAGGCUUUAAGAAGAACAAACAAAGCAAGAAGAAGAGCAAGGACGACGACGAAUGGGAAGACAUUGGCACCCCUACCCAGGAGACUUUCAACCGCAGUCUCGAAGUCUGCGCCAUAUCAUCUCCUUACGCAUGCGGCAGGUCCAACUGCAGCGAAGAAAAUUACGACCCCCCGCUCAGCGGAAGGACUCUCAUCGAAGGUGGAGAUCUCGGGACUAAUGGGAUGAAGCUAGUACGGCAGCAAACAGAGGAAGAAGAAUUUGCAAAGGUGAGAGCUGUGUUGGGAAUGAGAAUCGAUCCGAAGAUCAUCGUCUUGUCGAAGGCUAGCACGGAGCCUCUAGAGGAGCUGAAGGAGCCAGAGGAGGUAACAGAGCAGAACGACAAGGGCCACGGGCAUGUGUUAAAGAAGAAGGGGAGUGUGAUUAAGAUCACGAGGAGGAGGACGAGGAUCUUGGGAUUGCUGCGUUAG